AUGGGGUGGAAGCGGAAGGAGCUGCUGUCGUCGGUUCCAUGGAGGACGGGGGAGGCGGCGGAGGAUGAGGACACGACAAGGAUGAGCCAAGAGGGGAAGGUUAGCGUCACCAGCAACCACGGGGAGACGCCCACCAUGAGCGUGCCCUGGAGCAAGCGCCAGGACCUCGACCUCACCAUCGACGACUUCGAGGAGGACGAGAUCGACCCCGAGCUGUGCUACUCCUUCCAGCGGAACAGCAGGGUACCGUAUACGCCCAACCGACCAUCGUUUUUUUGGUUCAAUGAUUUCCCCUGCUCCUGCUCGAUGGAUUCUUUGACAGGUCCCAUCCUUGCUGGAUUGACACAAUCGUUUCUUGAUGCUAUUAAUAAUGGUGCUGUCCCUACAAUCUCUUCAUCAUGGCAGAGUGUGGAGGAGGCAGAAUGCCAGAGGGCAUUUGAUUCUGCUGUGGGCACUUACAAUUCUUCUUUUGACCAUAACAAACAUAUAGAAGAGGAUUCUUUGAGAGAAGCACAUGAAGAUGCCAUGAGGAAGGCUAUCAGUGCUUUUAAUGUUUCUGCUGUUGUUGCUGGGUCAGCUCGUUCAAAAUUUGAAAAGCUUCUUCACAGUCCUCACCUUUGGUUUCUUAAGAAUGUUCACUCUCAAGGCAGCCCAGUCAUGGAGGCACAUAGGAAUUGUUGUGAGUUUAACGUGGAAGCUUACUGCUUCUUGCCGUGGUAUUGCUUCUAA